UGUGUGUGUGUGUGUGUGUGUGUGUGUGUGUUCAAUUAUAAACUUCAAGACUUGAAGCAUUUACAGACGCGACCCAUGAGUGGCAGUCUGGUCUUUGGAAUUUUACUAUUUUGUCAUGAAAUCCUGGUUGCAUCCGACGGACGGAUUGGCAGGGUCAGCUCGAUGCCAUCAACACGUUGAGCUCGCUCUGGCCUCAAAAGAAUCGAGCACCUAACCACCCCUAGUGGACACUGAAGAUUUUGGACGAGUCGCUCAUGUGAUCCGUUUGAAUCCACAGCCCAACUCACUAUUUGUGCUACGCAAUGAAAAGAUCAGCCCUAGGCUCCUCCUCCAUCUGCUCUCGCAUGUCUCGGCUACCGGAACUGAAUUAAGCAUUUCUUGGCCAAGCCUUGGACCCUCGAUCGCGUGGGAAACAAGAAUGCCAAGACGAGCGAGACACCAAUCAACAAGCGGCGGGAGAGGGCUGUUCGGACGGGAAGCCGCCGGGAGUGGCUCUCCCUAGGGGCCUCCCCUGCCCCCAAAUCUCUUGGCAGCGACGGCGCGGGAUCUGGGCGAUGGGUGCUUCCGAACAGCUUGAUAUAAAAAUCAGAGAAACGACCAUCUGUCCGUCUAGAGAUGCUCAUGUCGUUCGUUUUCCUCAAUCAACACAUUCAUGCAGCAGCCCGAUCAUCACAAAGACGCGAUCGACAUGCCCGUCUCUUUCCCAAUCCCUUUUCCUCCCCCAAAACUGCCAGGGGGCCCCUGGCAGCGGCAACCGGCACGGUCUGCUCUCGAGUGCCGCGUCAUGACCAUGGGAUGGAGACUAGCAAUACGGGCAGGAGGCGCAAGAUUACAUGUCCUGCGACGGCUCCUGCCAGGCCCGUCUGAGAUGGCGCGCACAUCGCAGCCGCUCAUUGGCGGCGACCAGCAAGCGCAUGGGGCCGGGCAGCCGAUAGCCUUGUUUUUUUCGACAGACUCCCAGCUUAUUUCGCUGGCGUUGUUCCCGGAGACGGCCAGUCGCCCGGGUAUACGGGCUCAGAGGCUUCUUGCGGCCUUGAUAACGCAUGAAUCAACCCACCCCCGUCCCCUUUUUCCAGCAGCACCCCGGCCUGUCCCCUCCAGCCCACCAGCAGCAAAUAUGUUUGUUGCUUCCCCAGCCAAGGGAACCCCGACGGACUCAUCGGAUCUCCCGUACAGAGCUGCCUCGUUCUCUUUAAUCCUGCCCACAUCUCGCCCAUUCCUCCUCAUACUUUGUUCCGACUCGAUGGUCGCUUGGCAGCAGUCCGGUUUUCUGACAUUUGAAGUCUACGGCCACGUCCACUCGCUUCUACCCGCCCACCUUCCUCUGAACACACGCCCGGGCUCCUUUUUUUUGUUUCCUCGGUCGAAAAUUUUGCUACUUUUCAAGCAUCCAUCCGAAGUCCCAAGACAUAUACAUGAACGAAAAUCGCAAAUAAUACCGGAUAAACCCAUCUGGGUUGCCACAACUCUACAUCGCGAUUAAAUAUACCACCACUACCGUGUCCCGCGAUUGGCCUCCAUUGUACACCAAGACAUGUUUGCACCUCUUGUGCGGGUCGGAGCUACGGCUCUACUGGCUGGCGGUCUUGCUGAUGCCGCCUACAGCAUUGCUAGCGCAGCCGAUAUAAAGUCAACAGCAUCCCUGGUCGCCGCAGAUCUGAUGACGUACUAUAAAGGAAACCUCCCGGGCCAGGUCCCCGGCAUCCUGCCAGGGCCGCCACCAGCAGGAGACUACUACUGGUGGGAAGGAGGCGCGUUGAUGGGACAGAUGGUAGAGUACUGGCACCUGACGGGCGACACGACCUACAACGACGAGGUGUCACAGGGGAUGCUGCACCAGGUCGGCCAGGACAGAGAUUAUCAGCCCAGCAACUACACCGCAUCCCUAGGCAACGAUGACCAAGGGUUCUGGGGCAUGUCGGCCAUGACCGCGGCCGAGCUCAACUUCCCCAACCCGCCCAAGGACCAGCCGCAGUGGCUUGCCCUGGCGCAGGCCGUAUUCAACACGCAAGCCGCCCCGGGCAGGCACGACAACACGUGCGGAGGAGGGCUGAGGUGGCAGAUCCCCCCGACGAACAACGGAUACGACUACAAAAACAGCAUCGCGAACGGGUGCUUUUUCAACCUGGGCGCCAGGUUGGCUCGCUACACCACCAACAAGACGUACGCCGACUGGGCCGAGAAGCAGUGGGACUGGGUAACGUCGGUCGGGCUGAUGGACGCGCAGUACAACGUCUACGACGGCGGGCACAUCGGCAAGAACUGCACCGACAUCAACCGGGCGCAGUUCUCGUACAACAACGCCGUGUGGCUGCUCGGGGCGGCGCACAUGUACAACUACACGGACGGCAGCGAGGUGUGGAAGGGCCGGGUCCAGAGCCUCCUGGACGCGACCCUCAAGACCUUCUUCCCCGACGACGUGGCGUACGAGAUCGCGUGCGAGACGGGCGACACGUGCACGACCGACAUGCUGAGCUUCAAGGGCUACCUGCACCGGUGGCUGGCAACGGCGACGCGCAUCGCGCCCUUCAUCCACGACAAGACGCUCGCCGUGCUGCGCAAGUCGGCCGAGGCCGCCGUCGCCACGUGCACGGGCGGGAGCAGCCAGCGCGCGUGCGGCUUCAAGUGGAGCACGCGCGCCUUUGACGGCAGCGUGGGCGCGGGCCAGCAGAUGAACGUGCUGGGCGCCGUCACGUCGCUGCUCGUCGACGACGUGCGGCCGCCCCUGACCAACGACACGGGCGGCACCAGCCAGGGCGACCCCAACGCCGGCACGCACAGCACACCGCACCAGACGUUUGCGCCCAUCACGGGCGGCGACCGGGCCGGGGCCGCCUUCCUGACCAUUGCCGUUCUCGGCGGCGCCGCGUUUAUGUUUGGAUGGAUGAACAAGGGCGACUAGUCUGUGAGGAGUUGAUCCGUGGGCGGCUGGCUGGCUUGAAAUUUUUUUUUUUUUUUUUUUGGAUUUGCU